GAAAAACCUCAGUGAUCUACUGAUGAACACACAAUUCAAGCUGGAGAAACUAGAGUUAAGCAACUGUGAAAUGACAUAUGAAGGUUGUUCUGCUGUGACUUCAGCUCUGAAAUCAAACCCAUCACACCUGAGAGAACUGAACCUGAGCAGGAAUGAACUAGGACACACUGGAGUGAAAAACCUCAGUGAUCUACUGAUGAACACACAAUUCAAGCUGGAGAAACUAGAUCUGUGUUAUUGCAGUAUUACAGAGAAACAGUGUCUCGUCCUGACUUCAGCUCUGAAAUCAAACCCAUCACACCUGAGAGAACUGAACCUGAGUGAGAAUCAAAUAAAAAACACAGGAGUGAAUCACUUAUGUGACGUACUGAAGGAUUCACACUGUAAACUGGAGAGAUUGAGGUCAGUAACAUUCACAUACAAGAAUCAAAAUGAUUAAAAUCACUUCAACAGUUUAAACCAAAACACUUUAUAGUAUCUAACGAUGUCUACAGA